AUGACUAUCACUCAAGAUGUGUUGGAAGAUGUUGACCAAGAUGAAGCUCAACCUGCACCAACAGAAUUUGAAGCAGGAGGCCAAGCCACCAUGGAUAACCUUCAUGAAGUAAAUCUAUGUGAUCAAGGAGAAAACAAACCAACCUUCAUUAGUGCAAAUUUAAAGGAAGAAGAAGCUCGGCAAUAUAUUUCCUUUUUAAGGGAGUAUCAUGACAUAUUUGCAUGGAACUACAGUGAGAUGCCUGCAUGGGGUAUGGACAUUAUUGGUCCUUUUGUACCUCCAUCUUCAACAGGAUAUCGAUACAUCCUAGCUGCAACUGACUAUUUUUCAAAAUGGGCAGAGGCUGUGGCUUUAAAGGAUAUAAAAAGCACAGUUGUCUCCGAGUUCAUCCGAACCCAUAUCAUUUACAGGUUUGGGAUUCCAGAAAGUAUCAUCAUGGAUAAUGGACAGCCAUUCAGGAGUGAUGCUUUGAACAAGUUAUUUGCCAAGUACAAAAUCAAAAACAACCAUUCAUCAAGAUAUCAUGCACCUGCCAAUGGUUUGGCAGAAGCUUUCAACAAGACAUUGUGCAAAAUUCUUAAGAAGAUGGUGGAUAAGAACAAAAAAGCUUGGCACGAAAAGUUACAAGAAGCUUUGUGGACUUAUCGGACUUCGUACAGAACUCCUACUCAAGCAACCCCUUAUUCGUUGGUUUUUGGAGGAGAAGCAGUGUUACCACUUGAGGUUCAAAUACCAUCAUUACGAGUGGCAAUACAAGAGUCCUUAACAGAAGAUGAAAGUGCAAGAGUGAGGUUGGCUGAGCUGGAGACCCUGGAUGAAAGAAGGUUGUAUGCUCAACAGAACUUGGAAAUCUACCAACAAAGGAUGGCAAAUGCAUUCAAUAAAAGAGUGAGGCUUCGUUCCUUUAAAAAGGGAGACUUGGUACUAAUGGUUAGAACACCCAUAGUAGUCUCACGAAGAACCAAAGGAAAGCUUGAGCCCAAAUAG